CUCUGGACGUAUCUAGUCUAUUUCAUUCGUCACAAAAUCGUUUGAAGUGGUUUAAUUUGAGAUUGUUCUUGCAUUUUGCUGAUCAAAGAAGGGCUCACCGGCAUUUUGAGGCGGAGUAAUUCUUAGAAUUGCAUGGAAAUACUCGUGGAUGAAGUUCUAACCUGAAAGAAAAAAAGUUUAAUAAUUAUAUACUACCUAAAAAUCUCUCAUAGGUAGCCAUUGGUCGUUGAAACAAUCGACAACAAAGGUCCAGGAAUUUUAUGAGAUAAUCUGUUUGUUUGGGUUUGCAUUCGUUUUUUUUGUGUCGAUAAAUUCCUCUGGAUUAGUCUAUUCUAGUUUAUUCGUCACAAAAUUGUUUGAAGUGGUUUAAAUUGAGAUCGUUCUUGAAUUUUGCUGAUGAAAGACUGAUGGAAGGAGGAUUCACCGACAUUUUGAGAAGAUGUAAUUCUUAGAAUUGCAUGGAAAUCCUCGGGGAUUAUUUUCUAAUCUGAAGGAAAAAAGUCUGAUAACUACAAUAGCCAAAAAUAUCUCAUAGGUAGCCAUUGCUCUGUGGUUCCAUCAGGUCGUUGAAACAAUCAACCACAAAGGUCCAGGAAUUUUAUUAGAAUGGCCGACGAAUGGGAAGACAGUCCGGCUACUGUGAGCGGAAAUGACUCCUCACAUAAUCAGGGACGUAGUUUUGAAACACGCGAAUGGAAGAAUUCAGCGAGGAGUGGUAGGAGGGACGAUGGGUACAAUAAUCGUCGUGGGGAUGAUGGAUUCAGCAAUCGUGGGGGAGGUGGGUACAAUAAGAGGAGGGAUGAUGGCUACAAUAAUAGGAGGGAUGAUGGCUACAAUCGCAGAGAUGGACAGAACUCUCGUAGAGAAAAUGGCAGCUACAACAAUGGGAAUGAUGAAGCCAUGGUGAUUUACGUGCCUCAGCAGAUGGUGGGGAAGAUUAUUGGACGUGGGGGAUGCAAGAUCAAGGAACUGCAGGAGGAGAGUGGAGCUAGAAUAGGCAUUGACAAAUCAUCCCAAGGAGAGGAUGCAGCAGUGAACAUCAAAGGUUCAAAGGAGUCUCAGGACCGUGCGAAAGCUCUCAUAGAAGAAUUGACUGGUGACCAGCAGUCGCAAUCCUCAUAUUCAUCCUCUCGAAACACAAACUAUGAAAACUUCUCCAGUCAGCCAGCAGAUCAGUCUUCCCAAGCUGCUCCCCCUGCAACCACGGAGCGCGAUCCCCUAGACUUCGGAGACUUUGAUUGGACAAAAGCCAACGAGGAACACGAGAAAUUCCAGAAGGAGCGUUGGAAGGACCUCAAACCCAUGAAGAAGGACUUCUACGUGGAGUUGCCAGAGGUGCGAGAUCUCACUGAAGAGGAAAUUGCUGAGAUUCGUGCCACCAGGAACAAUAUCGAGUGUCGUAGAGUCUUCGAGGAGGGGGAGGAGUUCAAGGUGCCGAAUCCAAUCACAUCGUUUCAUCACGCAUUCCAUAAUUAUCCUGAGAUUCUUGGUGAGAUCAAGAAGGCUGGGUUUGCUGACCCCAGUCCUAUCCAGUGCCAGGCUUGGCCUAUUCUUCUCAGUGGCAGGGAUAUGAUUGGGAUUGCCCAGACUGGAACUGGAAAGACUCUCGCCUUUUUACUGCCAGCUAUGAUUCACAUCGAUGGACAACCAGUCCCUCGGAACGAGAGGGCAGGACCUAAUGUCCUCAUCAUGGCUCCAACACGAGAACUGGCGCAACAGAUCAGCAAGGAGGUCGGCAAGUACGAGUACAGGGGUAUCAAAGCAGUUUGCCUGUACGGUGGAGGCUCACGUCAGGAACAGAUGGCGAAAGUCGAUAAGGGUGUUCAAAUCGUGAUAGCAACCCCAGGAAGACUGAACGAUCUCGUGGCCUGUGGCUCCCUGAACGUUAAGGAGGUGACGUAUCUCGUUCUGGAUGAGGCAGAUCGAAUGUUGGACAUGGGAUUCGAGCCCCAGAUACGCAAGACCCUGCUGGACGUGCGUCCAGAUCGUCAGACCGUGAUGACAAGUGCCACUUGGCCCCAGGGGGUUCGCAGACUCGCCCAAUCCUACAUGUGUGAUCCGAUCCAAGUCUGCGUUGGAUCCUUGGACCUAGCUGCCACCCACACUGUCAAACAGACCAUCAUCAUCUGUAACGACGACGAGAAGACCGAGAUCCUUCGGGAGUUCUUUGAGAACAUGAAGAGGGAGGACAAAGUCAUUGUCUUCUUCAUGAGGAAGACUCGAGUUGACGAUUUGUCGAGUGAACUUGCUCUUUCUGGGGUACAGGCCCAGAGCAUCCAUGGGGGGCGUGACCAGAUUGAUCGAGAGCAGGCACUUGAUGACAUAAAAUCAGGUGAUGUGAAGAUUCUCCUCGCCACCGACGUCGCAUCUCGUGGAAUCGACAUCGAGGACAUCACCCACGUCUUCAAUUAUGACUUCCCCAGGGACAUUGAGGAAUACGUCCACAGGGUCGGAAGGACUGGACGUGCAGGUAGGACAGGGGAGAGCAUAAGCUUGAUCUCCAGGGGAGACUGGGGACUUGCCAGAGAGCUCAUCGCCAUCCUGGAGGAGGCCAGUCAGGAGAUACCUGAGGAGCUCUACGGCAUGGCUGACAGGUACGAAGCCUGGAAGAAGAGGAAGGACGAGGAGAGAGGAGAGGCCAGGUCCUACGGAGGAGGCAGUGGACGUUAUGGGGGUGGCGGUGGGGGUGGACGAGGUGGUGGCGGCAGGGGGGGUGGGAGAGGAGGGGGUCGACGAGAUAAAUGGUAAUCUCUGCCAUUUUUUAUACGUUCAAAAUUAUAUUUUAUCUUCACACAAAAAUAAGUUGAUCAUUCAGCUGAUUGAAUAGUCUCAACUUUUUUCAUAAUUUAUUUAUGGAUAAUUGGGUUUUGGCAUGAAAUUUACCAUUGAAUUCAGUGAUCAAUACAAAAGUUGAACUGAAAUUAUGAGAUAUGUAUCGUUUUCUUUGGAAAUAUAAUAAUGAAAAAUUUAUAGCAGUUUUUGAAAGUAAAUUGUUGAUAACUUGUCACGAAUUUUUCAUUAUUUAUGACAAGGAAAAAUAGGUCUCUAGUAAUUUUCAUAAACAAAUGUAUGUAAAUUUCAUGCAAAACCUCAGUUGAAUGCUGAUAGAAGGAUUUAGUUGCUGUUAACGAGGCUUUUCCACUGUUACCACGAUUUGCUAAUAAUUAACGAAUCGUUAUAGUAGCUAAGGAGCCUCGUUAACAGCAGCUAAAUCAGUAGCGAAGUGGUGAACCGGUCUAACUCGACUUAGCUUUUCGCUGAGUUUUCGAGGAAUAUCUCCGAAUGUAAGAGAAAUAGCGAAAUUUUCAUUAUAACCUUUUUUGUAGAGUG